UGUGUUUUUCCUGCCUCACACGUGGGGUUUUCAGGCAGCACUGAGCAACAUGGCAGCGUGCAGUGUAGAGGAGUUGUUGGCUAAAGCUGAGGCGCAAGAGGCGGAAACGCUGAAAAGCAUAUCAGUCCAGAAAGAGCUGGACCUGGAGUUUGACAUCGGGAACCUGCUGGCGUGUGACAAAAACCGCAUCGAGCCUCGCGACCUCCGGGAGAAGAGCAAAGAGGACUUUCUGCGUGCUCUCGCUCGCGACAACACGCAGCUUCUCAUCAACGAAAUAUGGAAACAGCCCACGGAGAGGGUCGAGGAGGCGAUAGUGGCCAAACUGCCGGAGCCGACGACCCGGCUGCCCAGAGAGAAGCUACCACCGAAACCCAGACCUCCAACAAAAUGGGAGCAGUUCGCCAAGCUGAAGGGCAUAAAGAAGAAGAAGAAGACCAACCUGGUGUGGGAUGAAACCGCAAAGGAGUGGAAGAGGCGCUGGGGCUACAAGAGGGCCGGCGAUGACACCAAAGAGUGGCUGAUCGAGGUCCCCGAGAGCGCAGACCCGAAUGAGGACCAGUUCGCCAAACGCGUCAAAGCCAAGAAGGAGAGGGUGGCCAAAAACGAGUUCAACAGGCUGAAAAACAUCGCCAGAUCGCAGAAAGUCAAGAUCCCUGCUGUAACCCUGACCCCCAAAGCCAGCCAGUCCAAAGAUGAGCUGGCCAGAGCCGAAAGUGUGGCCAAAACCUCCACAGCAUCCUUGGGGAGGUUUCAGGACCGCCUGCCCAAGGAGAACCCAGCAAAGAAGGGCAAGAAGAGGAAAUUCGAGCCCCUCAUUGGCAACUUUUCUAAUGAAAAGCAGAAGCAGCUGGAGCUCCUGAAAGUCAUGGACACUAAGAAGCCCAAGUUGGACAUCACCAAAGCUGUGAAUAAACAGAUGAGGGAGGAGGACAGAGAGGAGGCUGCUGCCAAACACAAGAAGGCAGCAGGGAAGAAGGGACGUAAAGGCAGCAGCAUGGGUGGAAAGGCCAGAGGAAAAGGUGGGAAAGGAAAAGCAGCAGGAGGGGGAGGAGGGAAGAGAAGAGGCAAACCUGGGAAGCGCUGAGGACUCUUGUGUCUUCCUGUGUGUGGGUGUGUGUGUGCCUGCCUUGGCAUCAAAGUGUUGGACAUUCAUGAUGCAAUAUGAACUGAUCACCUGGUUUACCUGUGGCCCACGGGUGGGAUGCUCCCUCCAUCUAUGUAAACUAUGUUUACUGUAAAUUUUGACCCCAGCAACCAUGAUGAUUCUUUUCGAUAUAUGUGUAAUAUUCAUGAAAAAAAUUCACAAAUAUACUUUAAUAUUACAGCCAAGUAGAACACGA